AUGAGGCAAUACGGAUUAUCGGAUUAUCCCUCCGGGAUGCAGGCAAGGUUUCUGGUGAGCCCAUACACUUCUAUGUCGACCGACAACCUUCGUCUCGUUAUUUUGGAACUCGGGAAUUCCAGCCAAAGUUUCAUUGACGUGGCUUCAGUGCGACUAAAGGGAUAUAGGUACCUUUCGACCAAAUCAGAGAAGACGAUUGCCAAAGAAAGUGGUUGGAGAAGUGAGGAGCUUUCGAUCGCUAUGAACGUGAGUGAAGCAGGAACGAGUGGGGUCGAAGGUUCAGACCUAGAUCCUUCCGAUCGUGGCAUGGAUUCUGAGUCCCUUUUCGCGAUGGAAAUCUACAAGGAGAUGAAGAGGAACGUGAGGAACCUCAUCCACGUCUCUGACUCCGAAGGGCUUUCAUCGGGAGACGAGGUGCCUCGUUUCGUUCUCGGCAUACAAGAUAGCUUGGAUACGAUGUUGCCCCUGGCAGAAGGGGAGGUGACGUCCCAGGAGAUCACCUGCCGACCUGCCGGCUCGAACGAGUGUCACAUGACGAUCUGGGAGCCUAUCGGAUACGAAGCCCACACCGUGGAUCUGGACUACAAGAUGGAAUCCGCGGGAAUCCUGCAUGAUCCCGUUCCAGCAACGACGAACUGGGAGGGUUAUCACGGCUUCACGGUCUCUUUCCCCGAGUCUACGAGUUUCUCCAGCGGGACCUGGACUUGGUCUGCCAUCCUGGGGAAGCUUUUCGUGGAGAUGAAGAAGACGUGCCCUUUCCAAGUCCACAUUCGCCGAUAUGGCCAUGCACCCCUGUGCAUCCGGGCCAUGAUGGUUUAUGCAUCUCCACAUUACAUUCAAUAUGCCGUGAAUAGGUGCCCUCACCAUGCCGAACCAAAUCACGUUUCCAACAAGGGUUACAUGCGGAAUGAGGAGUUGUUGCAACACGUGGUUCGGGCCGAUCAUCAAAAUGCCAAAUAUGAGCGGUCGUCGAGGGGCCGCCACUCGGUCGUCAUUCCUCUCGAUCGCCCUUCUCCGGGGACUGAGUUCACAACCCUUCUUUUUCAGUUUUCUUGUCUUGGAUCCUGCCCCGGUGGCAUUAACGGAAGGACAACCAAGCUGCUUCUCACUCUCGAGACCAGAAGUGGUGAGGUGGUAGGACGUUCAGCCCUGGACCUCAAGAUCUGUGCAUGUCCUUUGCGCGAUAGACGACAGGAGGAGAGAAAAGUGGAAAGACGAAGGGACGAUUGCUCUGUGAGGAUCCCAGCUGUAAAACGGACCGUGGUCAAGGGUGCCCAUCCUCAUUCAUAUGGGAUGCGGCCACAGGGGAGGGAUGAUCCACAUUGUGAAACGUUUACUACAAGGAUGGCUGUUGGUAUUCUCACUAUGCAAGACAUGAUGCAGUUUGUGGACUUUCUUCAUCAGAGGCAUCCACACGUGUUCAAGGAGUAUGAGCAAUCUCGUUUCCAAAGGAGAUCAAAUCAUCCUCAUGAGUGA